AUGGAGCCCCAGGACGAGCUGAAGCAGGCCGUCCUCACCGCUCUGGACAAGCGCGGCACGCUCCCUCAGAUCCGUGCCCAGCUCCGACAGGAGGUGUUCCUCGCCAUCGACGAGAAUGACCGCAGCGAGGGACUCGAAGGCCUCUCGGCGCGCUCCUCCAAUGCCCAGCUAGCGUCCCUGCAAGCCUCAGAGGACGGCAAGCUCGCGCUCGCGCUGGUGCACGACUUCCUCGUGCACGCCGGGCUGCAGUUCACGCGCGGCGUCUUCGAGCCCGAGGCCCGCACGACGUCCGGCGACCCCGCCAUCGCUGCGGCAACCCGGCUCGGCGUCACGGCCCGCGCGGGCCCCGACCGCCCGCCGCUGCUCCUCCAGAUCGUGCGCAACGCCCUCCACGGCCACGGCGGCGCCUCCGACGCCCCCGUCGAGCUCACGGCGCCCGUCGAGAUGUACAGCGCGGAAGAAACGGCGCGCACGCCGCCGGCGCCGCUCUCCCCGACGGGCCGCAGCCCCCGGAUGGACCUGUCGCACGGCUUCGACGACGGGCCGAUCCAGCUGCUCGAUCCCGUGGAGAAGUACUCGGCGGCGGAGACGGCCGCGCACGCGCGCUCGCCAGAGGCCGUGCACGCGGUGCCGGCGCCGGUGGUCGAGGUGGGGGAGCCCGCGGGGCGGCGGGGGAGCAGCGGGAGCGAGGCGUACAGCGACGACGACUUCGUCGCCGAGAAGGAGGUCACAUCCCCGCCUGUGCGCCCGACAUCGCAACAGUCCCCUGCGAAGCCGCAACUCCCGCCCCCUACGCUCCCCCCGCUCGAGAAACGCCGGCCGCUCGGCCCGCUGCCGCCGCUCGGCGGCGCCGGGUCGCCCAAGUCGGAUGCGUCCGCCUCGGUGGCGUCCCCGGGCGCCCGGCCUCUCGGCGGCAGCGACGCGGUGCGCGGGGACCUGCUCGCGGCGGGGCUCCUCCCGGCGUCCUCGGGCAGCGCGCAGCGGUCCGACGGCGGCAGCGAGGGCGGCUCCAAGGACGCAGCGGCCCCGUGGGCACGUGCGUCGCACAGCAACAACAGCGACAGCGCGAGCAGCGUGGAGGAGAUCGAGGAGUCCGUGGAGGAGCUGACGCCGAGCGAGGACGGCGGGGGCGGCGCGGACUCGCCACCGGCGCUGGAACGGUUCGAUGGGGACGGCGCGGGGGACGACGUCGACGACGCGCCUCCGAGUGGGGACGUGGAGGGGGAGGAGUUGCUGGAGUCGAACCUGGAGGGGACGGGGCUGUCGGUGGGGGGCGUGCGGUACGAGGAGGGCGCGGGGGGGUCGGCGGCGGAGCGGUUCAGUUUGGACGAGGAGCCGCUGGAUGAGUACGGGGGGGGGAUGUACGAGUACAACUACGGGCUGUCGGGGGACGGGGCGGAGUUCUACGGGUUCGACGGCGGGCUCGGGGAGUCUGGUGGGAACGGCGACGACAGCGGGCUGGAGAGUGGCGACGAUUUGUAG